AUGCAGGGCAGCUCUGCCAGCAGCAGCAGCAGCCGGCCAGGGAAGGAAGUGCCGAAGCUGCCAGAGCGCUUCUUGGGCUUCGAGGAUGUCGUGGCCAAGGAGCUCGGGGACUUGGACUACCCUUGGAAUCUCAAGGCCAUGGAGGAGCGAAUCCAAGAGUACAGCACCAUCUCCGAGGCCAUCAAUGCCCAGCUCUCCGCGCGGGUGAUGCAAAACUACAACGAGUUUGUCACCGGAAUGCAGAUGGUGCAGUCGGUGGAAACGGAGUUGUCGCUCAUCGGCGUCCUUGUCAAAAAUGGUCGCCGGAAGCUGCAGAUGCACGAUCAAGGCAUCACACGCGGCUCCAUGCAGGUCACGCGUCAGCACCGACGGCAGCAGCGGAUGAAAGAGCUGCUCGCGAUGCUGGAGGAGCUUGAGGGCGUCGUGGCCAUCAACCAGCGUCUCCGGCAUCGCGUCGACGCUGGACAAUACGCGGAGGCCAUUGCGCAGCAUGGGCUCCUGCGAGAUGCUUUGGACCCCACGCAGUACGGGCGCUUCCCGUGCCUUGUGGGCCUGCAGAAAAGCAUGUCAGAUCACCUGGCGCUGGUGGAGCAGAAGCUCAGCGACUCCCUCCGCGUGGCCGCCGUGAGCGCAGACUUCGAGGCGGAACGCUACGAGGAGAUUCUGAGAGCUUACAGCUUGCUCACGGCGGACAGAGCGAUUUCGGUGGGGAAGGAGCUCUUGCGCCAUGUCAGCGAGUGCAUCGUGGCUGUGUCCAGGCAGUGCAUGUUGGCCUUCUCGUCCGUGCCGCCUCAUGAAUCCCCAGCCGACUGGCACCGUAAAGCACAGCUCCGAGAUCUUUGCCGCAGCAUGGAUCCGAGCCACGUUGUUGCAUGCACGGCGCAGCUCUACGAGCACUUGUGCAAUUUCCUGUACAGACACCAGUUCCUCUACGCCUGGCAUUCGAUCCGCAGCGAGGCUGCGGAGGCCGAGAACGCACCUGGCGAAGGACCUUUUCGAGAGCUCCUCCGCAACGUCCUCACAGAGUUGGCGAACUCCAAGCGGAAUGUCUGGCAGAGUCUCCAACAGCAGGUGUCCCUGGUUUUGAUGACCCUGGACUUCCAGUACCCGGCACUAACGGAAGAGAGCUUCAUGCACAUCCUGCAUCUGACGCAGCUACUCGUGGACGAGGGCGAUGCUUUCCAGGCAGACUACCAAGGUGCCAACAAAAGCGCCAUGAGCAGCGAGAACCGGCGACAGUGGUCCGCGCCAAUUCGAAACACGCUGAAGACGAAGGCCCACGACUACUUCCAGUCCUUGCACUUCAACGCCUGGGCCAAGCUGAAAGCCUCCCACAUCGAGCAGGAUGCUUGGCAGCGACUGCCAGUGGCGAGGAACUACAAGCUCCUUCGGGCUGAGCGGCUGAAGCCGGUCCUCCCACGCAGCGCCGCGGCAGAGGCGCGGAAUGCCUCCGAGCCGUGGGACCCUCGGGACGUGUCAUCGGAUUUGGGCCGCCGAAAUUCUUUCAUCCUAGAGCCUUCGUAG